UUUCUCUCUUUGUUUUUAUUUCUCCCUCUUUUUCAUUUGUAAUAUUUGCGUAAUCGUUUCGUCGUUCACUUGUCGCCUAUAAAAGCAGGUCUCGUAGGUAUGAACAAGCAGAGAGCUGCUAAAGCAACUUGCAACAGCACUAUUAAAUCCCAGAAAUGAAGCUCAUCGUGGUAGCAUUCGUAGCUUUGGUGGUCGUUGCUGUUUCAGCCGUUCCCCAGUACACCACCAAGUACGAUAAUGUCAAUUUGGAUGAAAUCCUCAGGAGCGAACGUCUUCUCAAAAACUACAUUAACUGUUUGAUGGAGCGCGGGAAAUGCAGUCCUGAUGGCAAAGAACUCAAAGAGGUACUUCCUGACGCAAUUGAGACCGAAUGCUCGAAAUGUAACGAGAGACAAAAGUCCGGAACAGAAAAAAUCAUUCGUUUCCUCGUCAACAACAAGCCUGAAACUUGGAACGAACUCGCCGACAAAUAUGACCCUGAGAAGAAAUUCAGAACCAAGUGGGAGGAUAAGGCGAAGGAAUUGGGAAUAAACGUUUAAGGUAGAGCCAAUCUGACUCCACAAAUCGAAACAGGAACGCACACAAAGCCCCGAAACACUGCUCGAAUCAGCUCGACAGUGGAGCAUUUUUUUCAACUUCUUGAAUAUUUUAUUGUAUAUACAAAAAAAAACAAAAAAAAGUUAUGAAACGCUAUGCAAAAUUGAAGAAAAAUGAUAAAUCAAAGCAUCAAUAAAUUGUUUACAUAAAAA